UAUCUUGUGAGAAGUAAACUUUCUCAUGUCUGUUUUUCUGCGAACUCACUUCGCCACUUGCUGCGAUUUCAACUCUUUGGGGAGAGUUUUGCUCCUUUUCUUCUCAUCGGGUGCUUUCUGUUCACCCGUUCGGGGAGCUGUGCUCGAGUGCCAGCUGAUGGCUUUUGUAAUGCUCGUCCUUGCUCAGAUCACUUUAACAUCCCGGCUAGAUGAAGCAAAGGAGAUAGAGCCCUUCAGUUGUUUGAUUGCUCGGAAUGGAAGGGGAGCAGCCAACAGGGACCGUGCCAGGCAAGAGCACCAAAACCUCCACUGCAGCCCGUGGGAAGGGCAGGGAGCCCUUGGAGGAGUCCUCCAUGGACAUGGAAGUGGAAAACGAAGGCACCAGGGAGCCUGACAAAGAACCUCCCCAAGCAGCCUCAGAUGAGGUGGUGGAUAAUCGAAGUUUAGAAGAGAUUUUGGGUAGCAUCCCUCCUCCCCCACCUCCAGCAAUGACCAGUGAACCUGGUGCUCCUCGCCUCAUGAUCACUCACAUUGUAAACCAGAACUUCAAAUCCUAUGCGGGGGAGCAAACUCUGGGACCUUUUCACAAGCGUUUCUCAUGUAUUAUCGGGCCAAACGGCAGUGGCAAAUCCAAUAUCAUUGACUCCCUGCUUUUUGUGUUUGGCUAUCGAGCCCAAAAAAUCCGAUCCAAAAAGCUCUCGGUGCUGAUCCAUAAUUCUGAUGAGCACAAGGACAUCCCGAGCUGUUCUGUGGAAGUUCACUUCCAAAAGAUCAUUGACAAGGAAGGAGAUGAUUACGAAGUCAUUCCUGACAGCAAAUUCUGUGUCUCUAGAGCUGCCUAUAGAGACAAUUCCUCCACCUACUACAUCAAUGGCAAGAAAAAGACAUUCAGAGAUGUUGGGAUGCUUCUCCGAAGCCAUGGCAUUGACCUGGAUCAUAACAGGUUCUUAAUUUUACAGGGGGAGGUGGAGCAGAUUGCCAUGAUGAAGCCCAAGGGGCAGACGGAGCACGACGAGGGGAUGCUGGAGUACCUGGAGGAUCUGAUCGGCUCGGCGCGGCUCAAGGAGCCCAUCCACAGCCUGUGCCGCAGGGUGGAGCUGCUCAACGAGCGCCGCGGGGAGAAGUUAAAUCGAGUUAAACUGGUGGAAAAAGAAAAAGAUGCCUUGGAAGAGGACAAGAAUAAAGCCAUUGAGUUCCUUUGCUUGGAAAACCAAAUAUUUAAGGAAAAGAAUCAGAUGUGUCAAUAUUAUAUCCAUGACCUAAAGAAACGAAUAAAUGACCUGGAAAUGCAGAAGGAGAAAAUUAAUGAAGAAACUAAAAGUAUUAAUGAGAAAAGCAGUAAACUUGCAGAGGAAACAAAAACCAAGAAUAAAGCUUUGAAAGAACUUGAAAAGAAAUCAAAUAAAAUUACAAAGUUCAUAGAGGAAAAUAAAGAAAAAUUCAAUCAGUUUGAUUUGCAGGAUGUGAAAGUGAGGGAGAGACUCAAACAUGCCAAGAGCAAGGCUAAAAAACUGGAGAAGCAGCUUCAAAAGGACAAGGAAAAGGUGGAGGAGCUGAAGAAAGUCCCCUCCACGAGCUCCAAGGCCAUCGAGGACGCCACGGCCAAGAGGGAGCUGCUGGCAAAGGCCAAGGACAAGGAGGAGGCCAAGCUCAGGCAGGUCCUGGCCAGCCUGCAGGAGGAGACCAAGGGAAUCCAGAAGGAAAAAGAGGGCAAGGAGAAGGAGCUGAUGGAGUUCAGCAAGGAGGUGACCGAGACCCGCUCCAACAUGGAGAUCGCGCAGUCAGAGCUGGAGCUCUACCUGAGCAAGUACAACUCUGCCCUGGCCCAGCUCAGCCAGGCCCAGGAGGCCCUGGGGAGCACCUCCACCACCCUGAAGGAAAGGAAAGCUGCCAUCAAAGACAUCGCUGGGAAACUACCCCAGGCUGAGCAGCAGCUCAAGGAGAAAGAGAAUGCUCUGGAGAAGCUGGGAAGGGAAGAAUCCGGGGCCAAGGAUCUCGUGCGAAACCUGCGCCGAAAAGUAGAGGAAGCCAAAAGUUCUUUAGCACAGAGUCGCAGCCGAGGAAAAGUGCUCGAGGCUCUGCUCCAGCAGAAGAAAUGUGGGAACAUUCCUGGCCUCUAUGGAAGGCUGGGAGACCUGGGGGCCAUCGAUGACAAGUACGACGUGGCCAUUUCCUCCUCGUGUGGAGCCUUGGAUCACAUUGUUGUGGACACCAUUGACACUGCCCAGGCCUGUGUGAACUUCCUGAAGGCCGGAGGGAUUGGAGUUGCCACCUUUAUAGCCCUGGACAAGAUGGCUGUGUGGGAAAAGAAAAUGGAGAAAAUCCCAACUCCUGAGAACGUGCCGCGGCUCUUUGACCUGGUGAAGGUGGAGGACCCGAUGGUUCGCCUGGCCUUCUACUUCGCUCUCAGGGACACUCUGGUGGCCAAAAACCUGGAAGAAGCCACCAGAAUAGCAUUCCAAAAGCAGAAAAGGUGGAGGGUGGUAACCCUGCAAGGACAAAUCAUCGAGGUGUCAGGAACCAUGACUGGUGGGGGAGGAAAAGUCAUGAAGGGCAGAAUGGGCUCCUCAGUCGUGAUGGAUAUCUCAGAAGAAGAGAUCAGCAAAAUGGAAUCCCAGCUGCAGAGGGAUUCCAAAAGAGCCGUGCAGUGUGAGGAGGAGAAAUCCCAGCUUGAGGAAGCCAUAAGGAAACUGCAGCAGGAGAUCCGGGAGAUGAGGAACACCUCGGAGAAAUACACAGCCAGUAUCCGGGGAUUUUCUGAGCAAGAAACUGAUCUCAAAAAUCAAAUCAAGGAACUCGAAGCCAACGUCGCUGCUGCUGCUCCAGACAAAACCAAACAGAAGGAAUUGGAAAAAGUCCUUGAUGGUUAUAAAAAAGAUUACGAGCGCGUGGCGGAGAAGGCCGGGAAGAUGGAGGAGGAGGUGAAACGGCUGCACCAGCUCAUCAUGGACACCAACAACCAGAAACUGAAGGCUCAGCAGGACAAAAUUGAUAAGAUUGACAAGGAGAUGGAUGAAUGUUCCUCAGCCAUCACCAAGGCUCAGGUGGCAGUGAAGACUGCAGACAGGAACCUGAAGAAAUCCGAGGAGGCUCUGCAGCGCACGGAGAAGGAGAUGGAAGAAAAUGAGAAGGAAAUGAAGAAACUGACAGAAGAGCUGACAACGCUGGAGGACAAAGCCACUGAGGUGAUGAACGAGUGCAAGCAGGCUGAGGAAGCUUUGCCAGCAGUGCAGGAGGAGCUGAAGAAUUUACUCCAGGAGAUGAAAACUAUUCGAGAUGCUGAACAUACCCUUCAAAGUGAAGCUCUGAGCAUCAAGCUGAAAAUUGAACAAAUUGACAGCCACAUUUCCACCCACCAGGGGAAGAUUAAAUACUGGCAGAAAGAGAUCUCCAAGCUGUCCCUGCACGCCAUCGAGGGCGAGGCCCGCGAGGAGCUGCGGCUGCUGAGCGACGAGGAGCUGGAGGCGCUGCAGGAGCCCGACGUGCUCAGCAAGAAAAUCGCGCUGCUGGAGGCACAGCGCCACCAGCUCCGCCCCAACCUGGGCGCCAUCGCCGAGUACAGGAGCAAGGAAGAGCUGUACCUGAAGCACGUGGAAGAACUGGACAACAUCACCAGCGAGAGGGACAAAUUCAGAGAGGCCUUUGAAGAGCUGAGGAAACAGAGGCUGAAUGAAUUCAUGGCAGGAUUUAAUGUCAUCACCAACAAGCUGAAGGAGAACUACCAGAUGCUCACGCUGGGAGGGGAUGCUGAGCUGGAGCUUGUGGACAGUCUGGAUCCCUUCUCAGAGGGAAUCAUGUUCAGUGUCCGGCCUCCCAAGAAAAGCUGGAAGAAAAUCUUCAACCUGUCAGGAGGAGAGAAGACCCUGAGCUCGCUGGCUCUGGUGUUUGCCCUGCACCACUACAAACCCACCCCGCUGUAUUUCAUGGACGAGAUCGACGCCGCCCUGGACUUCAAGAACGUCUCCAUCGUAGCAUUUUACAUCUAUGAACAAACCAAAAACGCCCAGUUCAUCAUCAUCAGCCUGAGGAACAACAUGUUUGAGAUUGCAGACAGAUUGAUUGGGAUUUAUAAAACUCAGAACACCACCAAAAGUGUGGCCACCAACCCCAAAAUCCUGGCUGUGAAAGGACUGGAGGAACUUGGUCUCCCUUCAUGCAGUGUAUCCCAGAGUUAGGGAAGAAGCAACUUCCAGCCCCAUGGCUGCUGUUUAUUUUGUCUGAUCUCAUUUUGUAUCAUAGACUUUGUUUUGUUUUGUAAAUUCUAAAUAAAUUUGUAAAAAAUUGUUCUUGUUAAUAUAAACCCAGCAUUGAUAAAUUUGUUUUUGAAUGUCAUGUAAAAAUUGAGGAAAGAGAGAUGUAAAUUGAUGAAAAGAGAGACUGCAUGAGGUUGGGCAGGGGCAGCACCAAAGAGACAGCAAUUUAAGGAAUCAGUGCCAUUUACUGUAAUGCAAAACUGCCAAGAAUUUUGGGAUAAGCUCAGCAAUGCACCUGAUCUUUGGCAGAGAAUUCCAGGAGGAUGUUAAGGACCAAAUUCCACAGUUGUGGAUCAAGGCAAAGCUCACCUCUCUUCACCUGAAGUGUAUCAGGACUGCAGUUCAGAGGAAAUCCAUGCAAUACAGAAGAGGAAGGAUACAGAAACAGAACAAGUGUAGAGCUUUAGCAAUCCAGCUUUUAAGCAGAAAUUGAAAAUAAUGCUGGAUUGCUGCAAGAGGUUUUCAAUCUAAUGGAAGCAGUCAGGAAGGAUUCUCCUGCACAGCUCCAGGGGCAGGCCAGAAGAGAGGCACAGCUCCUGCACUCUGGCCUGCAGGUAGGUGCAGGAAUCCUGAUAAAUCCCCAGCAGGAAUUCCCAGGGAUGGUGCCAGAUGAGAUCUCCUUGUGCCACAACGACACAAGCGAGGUCAGGAUCAGCAGAAGAGCCUGUGGUUCAGUAAGAGCAGCCCGGAGUGCAGGUGCUGCUGUUUGCUUUCCAGAGCAUUGGCUGUUGUGAUCCAGGUGUAGCUUUGGGGCGUGGAUCUCGUUCACCUGCCCGGUUUCAGUUCAGACCACGUGUCCUGCAGCACCUUCUCCAUCCUAGGAUGGAUCUCCAGAGGUUCAGGCUCCGGGAGCUGCCUCAGUCUGAGAGCGUGGAGCCACAGCUGCAGCUCGUUCACCUCCUCCAGGAAGAGCAGCAGGGACUCCCCCUGAAGAGCCAAGUGCAGCUCCUUCAGCUCACUCUUCUACCUCGUUUUUCCACCUCCUCCAUGAGGGGAUCGAAUGUCUCCAAAAUGCUCCGAGGUAUCACCAAGUUCCUUAAUCUACUGCAGCACAGCUUCCCUGCCGCAGCCUCGGAGCAGAGACCACCUUGGAGCGGGACGGAUCCAGGAGCUGCUCCAGGAGCUGCCCCGGAGCCUCCCUGGCUUUGCUGUGGGCGCUCUGGCGGUGCCCGCGGCGCAGAAUGCCCGGCGGCUGCCGGGCUGUGCCCUGCUCCAGCUGCAGCCCGCUCCUCCUGCUGGCACGGUGGGUACGGAGCGUGCCAGUAUCACUGAACGGGGCUGCCUUGGUGUGUCUGGCCCCAGCAGCUGACCAGAUAGCGGCACCUGCGGAGUUUUCUCCCCAGAAAUGCUGUUCAGUGCCUGUGGUCGCAGCUGGGCACGUGGGGACAAGCAGUGCUGUUGAGGGGUCACUCCUCAGGCCUCCCUGAGCUGGAGAAACCUUUGAGGCGACGGUGAAGGAAGGAGUGGGUCCUGAUGGAGAGUUUUUAUUCUGGGCUGCAUGGCCUCUGAAUCCUGCAACUCCAACAGCACUCCAACCGUGUGGUGUGCUUGCCCUUUUACCUGGGGAGAGAACACAGGGAGCACCAGCCAGGAAUGGGGGAGGGGGUCUCAGGUGAGAGGGACACCUGGGUGGGCCAGUGGCCCCAGGGGGUGGAGAGCAUCCUUUGAACCUGCCGAGCACUCAAUUUCUGGGUUGAGAGAGUGCCCAGCAGGGGUCAAGGGUGGGGAAAAGAGAGGUGAUUGACACCCCACCUGGGGAAGGAACCGGGGAAACUGAGGCACACCACGACAACGCACCGCAAGCAUGGGCAGCGCCUGGCAGCAGGCACUGGCAGCUCCAGAGGCUGUCAGCACAUGGCACAGGUGAGCUCCUCCAGCCGCUCCACGGCCACACAAAACACAGAGCAGAGGGGACUGAGCUCUGCUCGCAGCCCCUGCAGUGACCCACGAGCCCCAGCAGCACAUCUGGCUGGGAAUUCCCUGCCUCGGCACCGGGGGGAAUCCAAUGGAACUGAGCAACAGAGCUCAGCAAACCCCAGGCUGCACUCAGCAUUCACCCAGCCGUAUCCAUAUCAUCCACAGCCAACCCUCAGAAACCCGGGAAAAGCAGCAGUCUGACACCAGAUACUGGCUACAGUGGGAAACGGCAGCAGCGUGCUGAAAGCCACAACUAGAAUUUCUAAAUAACCUCAGAGCUAUGGAAAUUUUCUCCCACCAGGAGUAACAUUUUCAAUGUGAACAGAAGCAUAGAAUUUUUUUUUCUCUCCAUGCAUUUCAAGGGUUACUUUUGUAACAUAAAAUAGUCAUAAGUUCAUUAAACAGUCACACUGAGAAGCUCCCUCAAGGCUCUGAGGUCAGCAGCCCUCACAGGCAACACCACAUCAGGAAUUACUCCUGGGUUACUUUAAGCACCAAAAUGAAAAAUUAACUUUCACUUUCCACUCUCUGCAAUGUUGCUUUGUUCUAUUUCCCAGCUGAGUGAAAUCACACUGCAAAGUCACAAGUCACACUAAAGUCUGUUUUCAUAAUAAAUCAUAAUCCUGGUUUUCCUUCUGCUAAAAAUGGAGAAAUUGGCACCAAAUUUCCUUCUCUUUGUGCCACACUUUUCUUAUCCUUCAUCAGCUCUGUAGUCUUUGCUACAAUGCAGAAAUUAAUUGUCAGAGCAUUUAGGAUCAAAUCCCAUCAAUUCAGGGUCUAAGCUGAGAUCUGCAGACAAUGAUGUGGGCCCAGGCUGAGGGAAGGCAGGAGCUGAACAGCCAGCCCCUGUUUUUGGGAGUUAAAUCAGCUCUGAGCAC